UAGCUUUUUUUCCUCAUGUUUUGGCCAGUUUCCCCCACAGGCUCACAGAGCAAGGACAAGCAGCUUAUCCUGCCCAAGACAAACUCUCAGCUCCCCUCCGUCCCUCCCCCAGCACUGCUGGUGACCCCUCCCCUGUGCGCCGUUACCCAGCUCAAAAACACGCAGCUCCGCUCACAUCGGCCCCACGCAGCUCGGGCUGUGUCCGAUCUCACCUCGCCGCAGGGGAGUGGAGGCAAAGGGCUGCUGCCGAGUGGCACUGCGGGCAGGUUUUGCAGGCUCUCAGUCACCAGGAUGCUUCUGCUUCUUCCUCUGGUCACUGGACUGGCCCUGUCUGCCACUGGUGUUGUGACAGAAACAGGAGCCGAUCCAAGCAGCGUGUCACUUCACGACAUACAGAGAAAAGUGAACGACCUCUGGCAGAGCUUGCUCUACCCAGCGAUGGCUGACAACGAGACAGGCGGGCUGACCUACGCCACUUGUGAAAUGAAGCCCAGCUCCAAAAUAGAUGCUGACAAGCCACAAGUGACUGGACAAGUCUUAUUCAGACAGCAUUACUCACAAGGAAGAUUAGAAGCCAUUUUUCACUUGGAUGGGUUUCCGCUGGAUAACAACCAGUCUGGCAGAGCUAUACACAUCCACGAGCUCGGAGAUCUCAGCAACGGCUGCGACUCCACGGGAGGACACUACAACCCCUUCAGAGUGAACCACCCCCGUCACCCAGGGGACUUUGGCAACUUUUCUCCUAAAGAUGGCAAAAUCAGAAAAUACAAACCCAAUCUCUUCGCCACAAUGUUUGGUCCCUACUCCAUCCUGGGCAGAUCCGUUGUAAUCCAUGAGCAGGAAGAUGACAUGGGCAAGGGCAAUAACAAGGCCAGUCUGGAAAAUGGAAACGCUGGCAAACGUCUGGCGUGCUGCGUGAUUGGGAUGUGCAACAACAACUUGUGGGAGGAAAAACAGUUUGAGGCUACGGACAAGAAGAAGAGAUGGCUCCGAACCAGGCUCAGCUGAGGACCUGCAGAUGAGCUACCGCCUGGGCAGCAUCAAGUACAGCGCUGAGGUGCAGAGUUGGCCGCUUACAUGGCAAAGGGGUUCCCAUCUCCAUUCUCUUGCUUCUCUGAGAAACGCGUAUCACUUUGUAGAGCCACCUUUCUGUAAGCUGAUCAAUAAAAACAGCAUCAACUCAA